GAUUAAUUAGUUAUUAGAUCCGUGGAUGGAGUUGUUCUUGUUAUGUUCUAAAGAUUAAUAUAAUUUUUGAAAUUGAAAAUUUAUUAAAUAAUAAUCUAAAUAUAUAGACUAAUACGGCACUUUAGGCAUAUGACCAGCAUAUAUAUGUAUAUAUAUUGUGCAUAACAUGUGAAUCCAUAUACUUAUAUAUGUAUGUACAAUAUAUAUAUCAACCGUAGGAUAGAAUGUGAUAAAGUACAAAAGUUAUGUUGAGAGUAUUGUGCGAAGAAACAACAGCGUGAAGGAUAUUAAAGUUUUUUAAUAUAAUAAAGGGAUUUAUAAAAGAAACAUAGAAAUGCUUCCGAACAUACACGAGAAAGAUUAUAGGGUUGUGGAUUUAGUACGUCAACGUGAGAUACGGGACUCAGUGGCGUAUAAAGUUUCUCAGAAAUUACAUGUCACAGAAAAUUUAAUAUCUCGAUUAGGACUUGAAAAAGAAUUGGUUGGUCAUACAGGAUGUGUUAAUUGUUUAGAAUGGAAUGAAAGCGGACAAAUUCUUGCUUCAGCAUCCGAUGAUAUGAAUAUUAUUUUGUGGGAUCCAUUUCGGUAUGAAAAAAAACUGGUACUACGUACACGUCAUCAAGGAAAUAUAUUUUCUGUUAAGUUCAUGCCAAAAUCAAAUGAUAGAAUAUUGGUAUCAGGUGCAGGGGAUGGAAAAGUACGAGUUCGUGAUCUCACUAUUCUUGAACCCAUAUUUUGGUGUAAUUGUCAUAUAGGCCGCGUUAAACGAAUUGCCACAGCAGCCACUGUACCUUUCCUCUUCUGGAGUGCUGCAGAAGAUGGUCUCGUUUUACAAUACGAUAUUCGUGCACCCCAUAGUUGCAAAAGCAAUGACUGUAAUAGUGUAUUGGUGAAUCUUGUUAAUCAUAUGGGUCGCUAUGCAGAAGGCAAGUGUAUUGCGGUAAAUCCAAAAAAACCUGAAUUAAUAGCCGUUGGAGCGAAUGAUGCGUAUAUAAGAAUGUACGACCGUAGAAUGAUUAAACUUUCUCAGGUGCCUAUUAUUUCUUCUCAACAUAGUGAUCUGACAAGAGGAAAUACAGGCAGAGCUGGUGAAGGCGAUCCAGAUGAGAAUAUACCAUUGGGUUGCGCACAGUACUUUAUCGCGGGCCACCUGCAUUCACGACAACGUGACAGUAACAGGAAUCUCACUACAACAUAUUUAACAUUCAGCGCUGAUGGGAAUGAGCUACUUGUUAACAUGGGCGGUGAACAAAUAUAUUUAUUCGACAUCAACAAUCCAAAAAAGUCGAAAACUUGUUUUGGUUAUUCCUCGAAUACGUAUUUAAGAGAUUGUGGAAAAUGUAGUAUAGAAAAAGAUAGCGAGGAUAGUAUAGAUUAUACUAAAAAGAAUGUUAAAGUCCUGCCACCACAUGUUGAAGAGUUGAAACGACAAGCUAAUGAAGGUUUCGAACAACAGAAGUAUAGUAUGGCAAUUAAUUUGUACAAUAAAGCGAUCAGCUUAUGUCCUACCGCAGCUGUGCUUUAUGCCAACAGAGCUGCAGCAUAUAUGAAACGAACGUGGGAUGGUGAUGUAUACGCCGCCCUUAAAGAUUGUCAGACAACGUUACUCCUUGACCCAGGACACGUAAAAGCUCAUUUUAGAUUGGCACGGUGUCUUUUUGAUUUACAUCGAUCAACCGAAGCUGAUAAAGUAAUCAAAGAUUUUCAGCAAAAGUUUCCCGAGUAUUCAUCUAACUCUGCGUGUAAAGCAUUAAAAAUGGACAUAAAAGAAGCUAUAGAUACUGGUAGAGAUAACGAUACGAAUCAAACGAUGUUACAAAUAUCGGAAUAUGAACAAGAAUGGAGACGCAACACUAUUGAUUAUAAAAUGAGAUUUUGUGGACAUUGCAAUACUACAACUGAUAUAAAAGAAGCUAAUUUUUUUGGAAACAAUGGUCAGUAUAUCGUGGCAGGAUCAGACGAUGGUUCUUUCUUUAUUUGGGAUCGUAAUACUACAAAUAUUGUACGCGUACUAAGAGGAGACGAACGAAUUGUAAAUUGUCUCCAACCUCAUCCAUCCACGUGUUUAUUAGCUACUAGUGGUAUUGAUCCAGUAGUUAGAUUAUGGAGUCCUUUACCCGAGGAUGGUACCGUAAACGAAAGAGAAAUUCAAAAUUUAGAAGAUGCCGCAUCUGCAAAUCAAAUUCGUAUGAACAGCGAUCCAUUUGAAGUGAUGCUAAUGAAUAUGGGAUAUCGAUUUCCGGUCCAACAGGCUGAAUUAAACGAGGAUGGUGACGAUCAUCAGGAUCAGUCAAUUGUGCAACCGUUGAAUUGUAGACCAAGUUAAAUUUUAAAAGAGGUUUAAAAAGUGGUACGAAUCCGCAACUAAAUAACUAAAGACUUAUUCAGUGUUAUAUUGUAGAAUAUUGAUGCUUUAAUUGCAAUUAUCUAUUUUUUUAUCAAUUCCUUAUAGGCGUUGACUUUUCCAUAAAUAAAGUACUAAAAAAUAUUUGGUAAACUGUUAAUAAUACAACUGUUGAAGUAAAAGCAAAGUAGCUGUAUUAAACAGUUAUGGAACAUCAGUCGUGAAAUUUUUUAUAUAUAAAAUAACGAAGUAUACUUGGAGAAACAAUGCGUUGAAACAAUAAUAGUUUUGUUAAAACAACUUAUUAAAUGCAGUUAAUAUCUUAUAUAAUGUUUAUGUACAUAGAUUUAUUAUAUUUCUAUUUCUUUUGUAAAUUUAUCAACAGAGUCCCUAAAGAAAUCGAAGGAAGCAAAUUACAAAAUUUUGUUUUAUUUUUAUUAAAUAAUUAGUUGGAAUGAAAUAUGUAAUUAUACUUCCAUUUUAAAAAUUAAUCCAUUACAAAUUAAAUUUGUAUGUAAAUUUAUACAUAUAACAACAAAGUAAUCUUUAUAUAAUAUUUAAAAAUUAUUGACGUAUGUCAAUUAAUUUGGGGGUACUAGUUCCCAUAAACUUUGCAAUGUACUAGUUUCUCUAGGUUCUUCUGUUGCAAGCCCUAAGUAAGUUGAAAAGCUGGGUUUUCUCUGGUUUGAUUCUUCUGAAAAGUAGUAUCCAAACACGCUUGAAAUUUCAAUUUGACUAUCUUGUAUUUCAGAUUGUUGUUCUACAUUGAAAUCUUGUUGUAACGAAGCCUGUAAUACUUGAUGAAUUAUUAAUUUACAGUGUAAUGUAUUUAUUUAUUUAAUAAAUUUUUUGUAACAGUAGUAUAACAUUACCUGAUGUUCAACUGUAUAAUCGACACCAAAAAUAGGAAAUUUUUCGAAUGUUUUCAACAACGUUAAAAUUUCUUUAUGAAGAGAAUAAAGCUUCUGAAUAGGGUCAACUCGAAAUCCUAAUAUAUAGCCUCCACUAGAUUCUGUACUUACAAUGACUAAUGUUGGGCCAAAUUUUGAAUUUUUUAUAGAGAUCUGUGAAGAAAUAAAAGCUUUUAAUUAUAUUAUUCGUAACGCAAUUUUAACAUUCUACAAAAUGUUUACUUACUUUUUCUAUUACAAGAUAAGGAAUUGAUAUGUUGAAUUGAUCAUUCAUGUCAGCAAACCAUACUAAACGUAUAUUUGUUACAAUGAAGGUUCCAAUAUUUCCCUAACAACAUAAGUUUUAAUUACUAAGUUAUUCGUAACAGAAAUUAUUAUAAACAACAGAUGGUUUUUACCUGCUCUAAUGAUAAAUUCCAAAUAUCUUGCAGAGUUAAAUGAAUUGUUUCUUGUGGUAGUAGGAUUAAUCGUUUGUCAUUGAUUAUUCCACUUCUUAACUUAAUUUCUCGAUAAAUUUUAGACGAAACGUACGCUCUGUAUAUACCAAUAACAGAUGUAAAGUGUCUUGUACUUUUUGAAUCUUGAUUUAUAAAUAUAAAUUCGUAUCUGCAGUUUCGGAAAGAAGCUAAGAUAUGUACAGCUUGCAUAUAUUUUCCAUGUAACUAUAAAAAUUAUAUUGUUAUUCAUAUAAAUAAAAGACACUUGAGUUUAUUAAAA